AUGUCGGGUUCUAGUGCUUUACCGGUAUCACUGGAAUCGCGAUCUUCGCAAUCGCAAAUUCAUAUCCACCAUCAUCAUCAUUAUCAUCGAAGGGCCGCUAGCGAGGGCAAUUCGCAGGCAAAAAGAGAAUCUUCAGGCAGCAGCAAUGGCCAGAAAUCCACAUACCAGUCGAUCAAAUCGCUAACGCUCAACAACUUGGAUGCUAAACAGCAUUUUCUGAUAGCCGUGUGUCGAGAUGUUUCGUUACUCCCGCCUUUGCUCUCGCUGGCACACUCGCUAAAAAAAGCGUGGCUGUUGUCAGAUCGCACCGAUGCACUAUACAAUACGAAAGGACUUCUCCAGGUGAGCUUACCCAAGGCCUGGCACGCGUACCGGAGUCUGAAGACGCAGGCGUCUUCUCCUGACCAGGACCUUACAUCGCAACUAGUCACAGCACGCGCUUCCGAAUAUCUUCUGUGCUCACUGUGGUGUGUGGUGGCAGCAUACCUCACAUACGCGAUUUUGGACUCGCUGAUGGUGCGGUGGAUUGUAAAAUACUCAACCAUGGCAGCUAUCUUGCGCAUGUUCUCCAUGUCGCUGCUGAUCGUGACACUUGAAAUGCUUCUGCUCUCAUCACUCUCACCAAAAGGCGACUAUUACCUUCAUACCUGGAUCUUAAUCAGCUGCAUGCUCACAGGGGCCUACAUAUGGCAGAGUUUUUUGACGUCAGAUCUCAAUUACGUCGAGCAGGACUCGCCUUCACCCACCCCAUCACCUGUUUCGAGCAGCGGUAAUAUUCCAACGACAACGGCCGCGACGACUACCACCACUCACCGCUCUUCGAGUUCUGGUUCCACCACCACCAACCCAGUCACGUGUGAUCCAUCAGCUGACUCGGUUUCUUCACGUAAGCGAAAGCGGAGCCCACGAUCGCUUCGCCUCACCAAACCUCGCCAAAUUCACCUUUAUAACAUAACGGUGUUCUGCGUAGUCCCUGUAGGUUUCGCGAGUUUCAUCACCAUGAUCGGGCUUCUCCGCAAUCUCGUGAUACAGCGACUCGAUCUCGAGCAGCUUGAACGCAUGAUCGCACAAAGCUACACAGAAUAA